AUGGGAAAGAGUGCCAAAAAGCGGAAGGCAAAGACUGCCGAUUUCCAAAAGACUAGAAUAAAAGUUGGGAAGGGAAAAGCUCCGCCGUCCAAUGCCACAGACACAAGUUUUACUUCGAAAGGCCUCACUGUGCUAGGUCAGUUUCAUCAUAUCAAUGAGACCGAUGACGGAUCCGAGAAGCCGAUCAAGCUUCUUUUCACCAACUUGAGGAAUAGUUCAAAGACUGUGAGGCAAAGUGCUAUUAACUCACUGAAGGAAGCUGCUCUUAGUUCGGCGACGCAAGCCGCAAGGUACUUAGACGGCGCGGUCAAAUUCCUGCCACAAAUUUUGUCUGACGAUGACGCCGAAGUUCGAAAGUCGGCGCUCGAACUAUCAAGUAUUCUUUUGUCUGGUUGCUCUCGUACCCAACUUGCCCCGUUUUUAUCUUCCUUUGGCGCAUGCUGCUCCUUGGUUUUGUCGCAUAUUAAUUGGCUCGUCAAACUUGACGGUCUUAAGUUUAUCCAAACGGUACUGAAGCACGCUGAAGAUCCUAUGUCCUACGUUGGAUUUUACGAAAGAAUCACACUUGAUGUACUCCGUCUUCUAAAAGGGAAUACACGAGCACAGAUACGGAACACUGUCUUUGAAAUCAUCGUCAAGAUGCUCAGGGAUCAGAUCGAUCGAAACGGACUGCCCGGUAAUCCUCACGUCGUCACUCAAAAGAUCAAGAUGCGAAUGCCCGGCUUUGACCAACCACUGGAAGCCUCUCUCGAAUGCCAGCAUUUGGAGGUGCAUUUAAAUACGUUAAUCCUUCCGGCAGCGGAUUCUAUCAUCCAAGAGACAUUUGCAACCAACCCAUCUGCGAACCAGUUGCCCCGAAAAGCCUUUGAGAAUACCAUGAAAAUAUUGAGCAUGAUGGUCCGCGCAGAGCAUCUUCUUCACAAAUGGAUCACCUCCAGAAUGCUUAACCACUUUCCCAUGGAGCAUGGAAAUGUAAACAUCGAGCUUGAUGUUGUGAUUAUCAACCUUCGGUUUGCCAAGCUUUACGCAAAGAGCUACAGAUCCACUUACAAUCAUCCAAAUGCCGUGGAGCCUGUUCUACGCCAACGAAUCGAAGACUAUGUUAUCAAAGUCUUUACUGAACAAGGCCACCCAAGAGGAAUCGAGGGAAUGGAGCUUGCUGUGAAAACUGUUGUGGCCGUGAAAAGUAUGGGACUUGAUCUCUUUAAGUAUGUAGUAAACUACCUGGAAAGAACCCGAUUUACUGACAGAAAAAAGCUUGGAGUCUUGGCGACAGUUUUCAAGUAUUUGGAAAGGGACUUUGACGAAUCAUCUAAAGUAAUCAUAAACUUUGCGAUGGACAACAUGACCAAUAUUCUCGAUCAGCUGCUCAAACAAGUUCCUGAGGCUUCUUCUUGCGAUCUAACUUUAGCUGUUCUUCGAUCUGCCCUCCGCUGCUGCAAUUCAAUCACGAGAACUCACAUCUUCCGCUCCCCCAACAAGCAAUGGGAUUUUUACCAACAACUUUCCCUGGUUCUCACUGAAUCAAUUGCAAUCAUCAGUCUUCUCCCGGUUUCUUUCCAACAGGAGGUUUUCUCCGUCAUCUUUGUAUUGCCCCCUCAAUGGCUACAGCCAUUGCUCAAUAGGAUGCAACCCGAUAUUCUUGAAAUUUGGGAGGCUGGAUCUUUCGAUCCUGGCUUUAUGCAAAAGUUCAUUACCGCGAUUCCAGGACAGAUGAAUACUCUCGAAUUCGCUAUGAAGGUUCUUUUCCGACCUUCCGAUCAUUUCCGGGGCGACGACGAGGAAGAUUACUACAAAAAUAUCGAAGGGACUCAUGAUGCGAUUUAUUACUGCUUGAUUGCCGCUGAGAAGAAUGCUAUGAUAAAGCAAUUUGUUGAAUACGAAAUCGAAGAAUAUCGAAUGUUUGAAUACAGCCCUGAGCAUAUUUCUAUUUGGCUGACACUCGCGCGGGCGCGAAUCUAUGGUUGUGAAUGCCAUGAGUCUCUCAUCAGCCUCCCGAGCAUCCACAUUCUUAGAGUUGCUGCCAAUUUCAUGAUUGAGUUUGAGAAGAAAUCUGUGGUGAAAAACCUCGUCGAAAAGCAUUUUCGCUAUGAACGAAUUCUCCCAUUUUUGAAGGCUUACACAACCGAGACUGAAGACCGAAUGAAUAAAUGGUGCGACUAUGUUUCGAGACUUGCCCGAAACCGUGAAGUCUGCAAUCGGAACUGUUUGAAAUCGAUGCUAAAGUUGCAUGCAAUGAAGAAAGAUUUUGCAGACAAGCCAUUCUAUAUGGUUUGUCAGCGAGAACUGGAGGUCAUAAUCAACCAAACUAACGAUGAUGAGAUCGAAUGGUGA